CAGAGAGCGUGGGGGAAUUAUUUGUCGGUCGUCGUCUUCUUCCUUCCUCAAUAGCCCUUCCCCCCCCUCUCUCUCUCUUUCUGUCUCUGGAAACUCCGCAACGCAGAAGAGCAGCGAUAACACCCGACGCCUCAGUCGCCACUCGUUAGCUGUUCGCGAUCACCCAGCCGAUCGAAAAGGGUCCUGAUUUUUUCCGGCGCCUCGUUUUGUCAGUGAAUACUUCUGCCGCCAUCACGGAGAGCCGUCGAUCCUCCCCCGGUCGGAGAUGGAGAAUUCGGGGUGCGUCCGAGAGGGUCCACCCAGCGGCGAGACUGAUACUAAGUUCCUCCCGUGUACUUCUGUCAGAGAUGUCAGAUACAGCUGCGGCUAUUGUGGAUAUGAGCUAAAUCUGAGCUCCUCGAAUCGGAACACAUCCACGAUUGGAUCCAAAUACAGCAAGUCCAUAAAGCGAGGGGUUAUAUCAUUCUUCAAUGUUGAUGAGAGCAGAUUUACUCUGGUUGAUGAGUUUCAAUGCAUCCCUAUCCCCUACUUCUCAAAGCACUCUUGGGGCCUAUUCCGCCGAAGAACCAAACUUCUCUGCAGAAAAUGUGGCCAUAGUAUUGGAAUCGCUUACAGGCAGAAAGCUUUAUCAGAUCGGCUCAUUUCGGAUGAACCAAACUUGCCUGCUUCUGAUAAAGUGUCCUUUCCAUGCAAGUAUAAUGUCAGGAUUCGGGCCCUGCAGCCUUCCUCAUCUGAAGAAUUGCGGGUUCCUCAUUUCAUCCAAUAACCGAAACAGAAGAUCACUUCGAUCGUACCAACAAAAUCAGAAGUUCCUUUCGUAGGCCUUCUUUGUAAAGGUAAUCGCCUUGUUCUUAAAGAAUUUUCAUUCUUUACAUAGAUGCCGAUGCAUACAUACGUAUGUUUCCUAGCUUAGAUUUGAGAGGAGGUGUUUGUUUGGGGUCAUAAUGUAUGAAGUGCUUUGGCCGCCCAGGUGUGGUAUGAGUUGUGACUGAGAGUUGAGAUUACAAACACAAACAAACUUUAGUGAUCUCAUGUAAUCCUUUUCUGGGUAUAUACGGAAUAGAAUGGUUACUUGUGCAUAUGUGUUCAUGCAGAA